AUGAAUGAAAACUUGGAAUUAUAAUAACAUUUUUAAAGCGACUUAAAUAAAGUUUAAAAUACUAAUGAUAAAACUAAUGAAAAUUACUAAGUAAAAUAAUAGUCAUUUUAUGACCCAAAUAAAAUUAUUUCUAUCAAAAAUGUCCAUAAAACUUAUAUUUUAGGAGUUGAGGGAGUAACUGCAUUAAGAGGUGUAACUGUAGAUAUAAAAGAAGGGGAAUUUGUAACUAUAUUAGGUACAUCAGGAGGAGGAAAAACUACUUUAUUAAAUAUAAUGGGCACUAUUGAUAAGCCGACAAAAGGGGAUGUAUAUAUAUGUGGUUAAAAAAUAAAAAAUAAUACAGAUGAUAAAUUUCUAGCUAGUUUACGUCUUACAAAACUAGGUUUUGUAUUCUAAACCUUUAAUCUAAUUUAAAGUUUAACAGCAUUAGAAAAUGUGGAACUUCCCAUGAUUUUAAGAGGAGAAUUAAGCAAAGAUUAAAUCAGAAAAAGAGCCAUUUAAUUAUUAACAUAGGUCGGUUUAAAGGAGAGAAUAAAUCAUUUCCCAAAUUAACUUUCAGGAGGAGAAUAAUAAAGAGUAACAGUAAGUCGCUCGCUAUCAAAUAAUCCCAGAAUUUUACUUUUGGAUGAACCUACAGGCGAUUUAGAUACAAAAUCUACUGAUUAAGUAAUGAAAAUAUUACUAGAUUUAAAUAAAGAUAAUAAUAUUACUAUGAUUAUGGUUACACAUGAUGUUGCUUUAAAGAAUUACGCAAAUAGAGUCAUUAAAAUGGUAGAUGAAUAUAGAAAAUCUAAUGAUUAUCCGAUUAUUUAAUAUAUGAGAAAAAAAACAGAAUUAUAAAUAGCUGCUAAUAAUGAUUGA